UUAAAGCUGUGAGUUUUUUAUCCUGGCAGGCUCUUCAAGAUUGUUGUGAGGAGUCUAGCCAGUUGGUGAGCUCUGUAAUCUAAACCAGCUGUCCCCAGACUGAGGCCCCCAUUUGCAUUGUUUAACAUACUUAGAAAAUGAAGUGUUCAUUUUUAACAUUCCUCCUCCAAUUGGUUUAAUGCAGAAUUACAGAAGAGAACUAAGCAAAACCAGGUGCUUUUGCUGUAUUCUCUCCAGUGUCUGAGGAGGAGCAGACCUCUCCCUGCCCUGUCUAUUAUUUGGUAUUUCAUUCUCUGGAAUAUAAAUGACGGAGGAACUCAAGUGCUAGCAAAACACCGAUGUUCAGACACGUUUUUUAGUUAUUCAGCAGUUCAGACUCCUUUUUUCCAUCUUUCCUAACCAAUGUUGGACAUGCAAGAAGUAAAGAGGAUACUGACUGUUUUCAUGCUGGCCACCUGUCUUACACGCCCUGGGAAAGCACAGCAGCAAUGCACUAACGGGUUUGACCUGGACCGUACCUCUGGGCAAUGCUUAGAUAUUGAUGAAUGUCGGACUAUUCCUGAGGCCUGUAGAGGAGAUAUGGUGUGUGUUAACCAGAAUGGUGGCUAUUUAUGCAUUCCCCGAACAAAUCCAGUUUAUAGAUCACCAUAUGUGAAUCCUUAUUCAAACAUUUAUCCACCACCUCCAGCUCCCAACUACCCCACUGCUACAAGACCUCUGAUAUGUCGGUUUGGCUACCAAAUGGGCGAAAACAACCAAUGUGUUGAUAUUGAUGAAUGUGCUUCCGAGUCACACCAGUGUAACCCCACCCAGAUCUGCAUAAACACUGAAGGAGGAUACACCUGCUCCUGCACUGAGGGCUAUUGGCUCUUAGAAGGCCAGUGUUUAGACAUAGAUGAAUGUCGCUAUGGCUACUGUCAGCAGCUGUGUGCCAAUGUACCUGGUUCCUACUCCUGUACAUGCAAUCCAGGUUUUACCCUUAAUGAUGAUGGACGAUCAUGCCAAGAUGUGAAUGAAUGUACAACCCAGAACCCUUGCGUGCAAAACUGCGUCAACACAUAUGGCUCUUUUCUCUGUCGCUGUGAUCCUGGCUAUGAACUGGAAGCUGAUGGAAUUAGCUGCAGCGACAUGGAUGAGUGCAGCUUCUCAGAGUUCCUUUGCCAGCACCAAUGUGUGAAUGAGCCCGGUUCUUACUACUGUUCCUGCCCCCCUGGCUAUGUUCUGCUUGAUGAUAACAGAAGCUGCCAAGAUAUCAAUGAAUGUGAGACUAGAAACUUCACUUGUACUACACAGCAAACCUGUUUCAAUAUCCAAGGAGGAUACAAAUGUCUAGACCCAGUAAAGUGUGAGGAUCCUUAUAUCCAGAUCAAUGACAAUCGCUGUAUGUGUCCAGCUGAAAACCCCGGUUGCAGAGAUCAACCAUUCACCAUCCUAUAUAGAGACAUGGACAUCAUGUCAGGACGGUCUGUGCCUUCUGACAUCUUCCAAAUGCAAGCAACAACUCGCUUCCCUGGUGCCUAUUACAUCUUCCAAAUCAAAUCAGGGAACGAGGGCAGAGAAUUCUACAUGCGGCAAACAGGACCUAUCAGUGCAACUCUAGUGAUGACCCGUCCUGUGAAAGGGCCACGUACCAUUCAAUUGGACUUGGAAAUGAUCACAGUCAACACUGUCAUCAACUUCAGAGGGAGCUCUGUCAUCCGGCUGAGGAUAUACGUAUCACAGUACCCGUUCUAAACCCUCAGUACAUUCCCUUUAAACAUUAAAAGCAACAACAAAAAGACAUUAUCCCCUUUCUGCAGAUCUUUUUCCUCAAAAAAAUAUAGCCGCUCAAAACCUAACCAGUGUUGCCACAGACACAAUGGCCUACGCCAUCUGAUGAGAGAAGCCUCUUCAUAUACAAUCCUUUCCAGGAUGCAGACAUCUGAACAUGUAUUGUCAGCAGAUCCCGUAUGAUUUUAUAUGUGAUUAUAUGUUUUAAGAACCUUUUUUUUCCUUGUUGUUGAUUUUAAAAACUUUUCUAGGGUGUGAUUUUAUGCUCCAAAGACUGUGAACCUCCCCACCUCUGUAAUUGCAACACUGCUUAGCAAAGGCACCAAACAAACUGAGGAAAAAGCUGGCUUUUGCUAUUUUGCUUUUUUUAUUUUAAAAGGAAGGCAAACAAACAAAAAAUUCACCUGUCCAAAAGUGGAAUCUGAGAAGCGCUAACUACCAUUGCCAGUUGUUUCUGGAAUUGUCAGUCAUACAGUCUGUCUCAGUUGUCCCUACAUUUGUCUUCGUUCCAUCUGUCCUUUUUGACCGUACUUUUUAGCUGAGUCAUUGUAAGUUCCUUCUAAAAUACAUGUUGUACUAUGCUUGCUGGAUCUAUAAGCCCUCCUUUUUAACAAAGUGUCACCUGCGUGGGUUCCUCACUGUAUUAAAUAUUCCUACAUAAUUGAGUUCAAA